CAAAUUGCGCGCUUGACUCUUUACGUGCUCUACUGUACGCAUUCGCCGCGAAAAUACCGAAAAACCCCACGAAAAGUACAAAAUGUAACACAUCUAGUUACUUUGUAACAUGAUCCGUGUUACAGUUUGAAAUUAAACGGAAAAAUUGUGUUACAAAUUGAAAUCGAGUUUGUGUUCCAAAUUUAAAAAUAGUAAUUAUUGGUUCCAAAUUUGAAUAUUUGUACGAAGUGAUGACGUAAUGUGUGAAGUAGAGGGUGCGGCAAUCAUCAUUAGGCGGAGUCGUAACAAUGCAAUGGCCGGCAGGACCGUGAGGAAAGUGAAGCGCGGCCGGGCCAAGGAAUCUGCUAAUUAUCUUAACCAGCUCCCCGCGAUAAUUGUCACUCCGCCCGACAGCGCGGGAGAAAUGAAGAUCAAAGCUCCGGAAAGGUCCGAGGAAGUGAGAAAUGUUAAUGACGCAAAUUUAAACGAAAACACGCACGACACGAGCAAACACACGAAAUUCAAUACGAUGACAGAGUUCAGUGUGAGACAGUUGAUAGUGAACUUAUCAGAGAACUCGAGAGCAUCGAAGAACGAAAUAGAAAAUAUACAAAGAAGGCUGCUCCAGCAGGCCAACGAGAUAAUGAAAGUCAACACGUUUGCCAAGGCGCAGACGAUCACGGAGCCUAGAGUUAUCGCGGCUACUCAGAAACAUGGCUCGGCCGUAUACGGGCGGAUACCAGUCGCGCCUAGGAAUGCUGUAAUUAACGGUACGCCGAAUUCGGUCGGAAUCGAGACACCGAAUCAUUCUGAUACGCAACUGGUUCCAGAAAGGCUCCAAGAGACGCGUACAGAUAAUGUUACUGGAGGCAUGAAUAGCGAUCGAGGAAACAUGCAAAGGGUCGGGGCGACGGCGAUGGCGACGGCGGACGCGGGAAGGAUUUUUUUCUACGAAACGAGUUCUGCGGCGCGCGCGGCGGCCAGUGCGCGGCCCGCGACCGCCAGAGGUGGAGUGGAGGGCGGGCCGCCGUACAGGAUGCCACCGGCGCCCGAGGCCGCGCUGCCCGGCGCCCCCGCGCCGUCCGCGCCCCCUACGGCCUUGCACACGCACUCCGCAAAGUUCCCGAUAGAACGAGAAGUGAUACUGUCCUCUGGUGAGAAGAACUCAAAGGUUCCAAUCCUGCAGGAAGCAAGGAAGCGAGGCCGGCUGGGAGCUGUGGCACCUGACACGCCGCCCAAGACCCUGUCUGCUUGGACACAUGCUGAGAAUCAGCAAGCUGGCACAUCGGGCGACUUCCGACAGUAUCACGAUCAAAACUACAGCUACGCAAUGCACCAAAAUCAAAACCAAGGCGCUGUAGCGAGAAACAUACAAAACUACGACUCUCCCAAACCGCCUAUACCUGCCAAAAACUAUGGAACCAAAGCCGAUCUGCAAAACAAUUCACAUCACAUCACUGUUACAGUCGAAACCGGCAAAGAUAACACGAGAGACGCGCCAAAGAGCACGAAAUCCGUAAGCAAGACAUAUCACACAUUAAAAGAUAUGAUAUCUAGUAGGUUUAAAGGCAAAGAUAGCAAUGACAACGAAAAGACUGAAGAACCGAGCCUCAACAACAUUGAGGAAAGGAAAAGACCGGAGCCAGAACAAGUGACGCCGAGAGAAACGCCCACGAGGAAGGUGGAGCAAGGGAUUUAUGGAAGGCCUAUGCCUCAAGCAAGACCCGAUAUGCAGUAUUCACAUGGGAUGGCCAAUAACAUGGCUUACCCAAGCCCCUCACCACACAGACAAAUGAUGCAGCAGCAACAAAUAGUCCAACAGCAAAUGCUAUUAAAUCAACAAGCAAGAUCUCAAGAGAUGUUAUCGUCGACGCCUCACUCGCGUCCGCAGGCGUUGGGCGCCGACGCCCUGUACCAGCAGUACGGACCUCCAGGAAGAAGAAGUGCUGUUUACCAGAGAGAUAUGGACGUUAGAUCAAUGGCUAACUUCACGUCGUUGAAAUCAGGCCCACAAAAUCAGUUCGACAAUUCACAUUCAAGGCCAGACUUAAGAAGUCCACAACAAUUGGAGAGAGAAAUUAUAAGACAAAGAGGUUUAGUAGAAGGAAGACGAGCCGCGUCUCAUCCUCAUCUUCUUGAUGAACCACCUCAGCGACCUGAAGUAAAUACUCCUCAAAUUCACGAAAGAUCCAGACGAAAUUCACAUGGAAAUCUUUUAGAUGGAUUACCCAUUGAGAAUAGCCCUCAAAGGAAUACGACAGAAGAAAGAGAAUCCGAUGAUGGUGGAUUUAGACUACGUUUAGCAGCUCAGGGUAGAUCAAGUUUUGAAGAACGGAUUCGUACAAGCGGUAGAUCAAUAGAAUCGCACAGACAAGAACGUAUCCAAGAUAACAUUUAUAGACGGACACCUGAAAGUCAUAGAGAAUCUCGACGAACUCCAGACUCUUUAGGAAAUCGACAUAAAGAAGAAACAAUUAAUCAUCAGGGACCUGAUAGAAACGAUGAAAGUGCAAGUCAAAAGUCUGUAGACAGCGUUUAUAACUCCAGUGGGAAAGCCGAAGCGUAUCAUCCUCAGCCAUCGUCGUCGAGACAUACGCCUAAUCGAAUAGAAGACCUGAAAGCUCAUGGGAAGAAAGGGGCCAAUGGUUCAGGAGCUAGUUCAGAUUACGACAAGAACGGCGGUCAAUCUUCUAACGUGGAUUCAGGUCGAGGCAGCGUCGCGUAUUCCAGUGGACGGAGACCUGAAGCUAGUCCUCACGAUACGUCGGCAGAUUCUGACCCUGUUGCACAUCCGAGGAACCAACCACAACCUGGCACGAGUCAGCAGCAAACUGUACCAAAUGGUGAAAACGAGUGGGCGGAUCUAGUCGAGUGCGAACUUCGUCAAAUCUUGGAGCCCAAGCUAUCAGCGUUACGCCUGGACUCGUCCGCGAGCUCCGACGGGUCGGUGACGCCACCUCUACCGCCUCUCUCGCCUUCCUCUGACUUACACAAGAGAAAUAGUCUCCCAGGUCGAUCGUCCGAGUACCCUGAGGAGCGGCGUCGCGGGCGCGAGUCCCCGCGCUGGCACGGACAGAAGAAGCACGACCUUAAGGGUAUAAACAAGCGGUUCCAGCGACUGGAGUCGCACGUGGUGACGCUGGCGCGCUCGGUGGCGCACCUGUCCAGCGAGAUGCGCACGCAGCACCUCGUCAUGCAGGAGAUGGACAACAUCCGCGCGGAGAUCGCCGCGCUCCGACACAUGUACAAAUCGCAGCAGUUCAUCAGGUCAGGUCAUCAGCGACACCUAGACCCGUACUCCUUCAGCAACCCGGACCGCGUCAAGCGCCUCACGAAGUUCUUCGGCGACGAGCCUCCGCUCAUGAGACUCUUCCUCAAGAAACUUGGUUACGAGAAAUACGCAGCACUGUUAGAGAAGGAGAGAGUGGGCGCGGCCGAGCUGCCGUACGUGGGCGAGGACAGGCUGCGCGCGCUCGGCGUGCCGCUCGGCCCGCGCAUGCGCAUCCUGCGGGAGGCCGGCCUGCACCACGACCUGCGCGCCAGGGACGACCUCGGCACCACCACGCUCGCUAUCGUCUAGUGUCGUCUAGUGUCGUCUAGUGUCGUCUAGUGUACACCGACACACAUUAAUCAGUACCUUUCUCCUACAUCUAGGACACCCAUGGAAAUAGGUGACCUAAUCAACAAGACAAAUACUGAAUUAAAUUUGAGUUACACUCAAGAGCAUUAAAUCUGGGUCAUCUAAAAAUUUAAAAAUGCUAACUUAAUGAAAUAAAUCUUUAAUAAACAAUUAAAUACUCCUUAGCUUACGAGGUUUAGGAUAUAUCCCAACAAAUUGUCUGAUAACAAUCGAAAUAUGUGAUGGAUAUGGAUUUUGUUACCUUAUCUGAAAGUGACUUCAUUUUAAAGCUAUCAGCCAGUGGUAGGACAGGCCUUUAUAGUUUUUUAAAUGACCCGGAUUCAAUGCUCAUGGGUAACUUCCAAAAUAUCGACAUUAAAUGGUUUUAGACAGAAUAUAUAAAAGUCAACUAUUAUGAAAAUACAGAUGAUGUUAAAGUUUUCACAUUGUUUUGCGUAAUCAAAGGUUAUAUAUAAAAAUGUCAUUGACUGUUUUUAAAUCAUUACAAAAAUAACUGUUUUUAACUGUUAACGAAGACUAGUGUUAUCUAACUAGCUGUUGCUUGCGUGAAAUUUAAAAUAUAACCUAUGUUACUCACUGAUAAAUUACCUUUGUAAUGGUGAAAGAAUUUUUAAAAUCGGUCCAAUAGUUUUUACGAGAACGAUAACAUACUUAUCUAUGUAAAUAACAAUAUCCGGGAUCAGAGGGUGUGGUUUUUACCUAACUUCACAUAUCAACUAGCUUUCGCCCGCGACUCCGUACGCGUGGAAUUAUUAAUUAUUCUUUCUCCGGAUUUUUCGUGUAAAUGAUUAUUGAAAAAAUAACAAGAUUUUCUUAGAGAUAGUCCAAAAGUAGACUGACAAUAUUAAAUAUUUGUGGUGCUAGCAGUUUUUUCGUAAUAAAAAUUAUAUACUAAGUAAAUAUUAGUCUACUUAGCUAUACCACCGCAUAUUCUCUUUUUAUAAUUUCUCAUUCAAAUGGUUUGCCAAAGAGUUUAACCGGCAUGUACUUAACCUCUUGUAAAUAAUGUAAAUACAUAAAUUUAUGUAAAAUGUACUCCGAGCAACGAAAAGACAACGUACUUUGUAGUUAAUUUUUCUAUCCCCCUAUAGGGAAGUGUACUGUAAAUAGUUUUAAAUAAAUUUUAUUUCAAUUUA